GCGGCCGGCCGCACGCAGCCCGGCCACAACUGGAGUCGACAGGCGCAGCUGGUCCGGCGGCCCUGCUGCCACCAAACUGGUACAAAGGGCGCCUGUCCACGGACGGCGCUCCCCUGCACGCGCCACUGCGCCCGGCACAUCCUUUACAAUGUGGAUCAACUGCUGUUCCAGCAUUGUACAGCGAAGUUCUCGGACAACACGCAAUGCUGCGCACCGGUAAUCGACAUCAAGCACGAACUACCUCUAUGUGAAGAGCACGCAAGGAAGCGGGAUAACUACGAGAGAAUGGCUGAGAAGACGCGACGCGAGCCAAAGAAGAAGUCUCGCUCGAUCAAGCGGCCCAAGCGGCGGAAGAAGGCCAAGAAGAAGACGCCGCCCCGCGAGUCGACGCCGACGGGACUGAACCGGCAGACCAGCUGCGACGACGGCAGCUUCGGGGAGCUGGAUGCGGACAUGAUCGACGAUGACGAGGAGGAUGCUGAGGAGGACGAGGAUGACUUGGAGGACGAGGAGGAAGAUGACGACGACGAGGAGGAGGAGAGCGGCGCAGCGGCGGGUGGCAGCGGCAGCGGCGAAGCGCGCGCCGAGCCCGAGCUGGAUCGCAGUCUGGAGCUGCACCUGGGCACUGUCUUAGAGAACGAGUUCUCUGAGGUGCUGAGCAAGCUGCCCGACGAGGCGUUCACCGAGCUGUUCUCCGACGCACACGCCAGUGACCUGGUGCACAAGGAGACCGAGGAACUGGAGCGAGCGCUGGAGGCCGUCGAACGCGAGUCGGACGCCCAGGGCUCUAGCGGCGCCACGCCCAAGGUCGAGUUCCCGGUAGCGACGGCAGCAGGCGGUAGCGAGCCAGUCGCCACUGCUGCACGCCACCACGUCCUGAACGGCAACCCCAACCUGGGGUCUGCGGAGAUGGAGGAGAGUGUUUACAACCAGCUGGCGCAGGGUAUCAGCCUGGAGCACGCCAUCAGCAACGUGCUGAACGGCCAAGAGAUGAACACACUGAACCAGCUGCUGAACCAUCUGGGCGAGACGGUGAUUCAGGACGCGGACAACGCCACGAUCUCAGCCAGCUAGGAGCGACGCUUUUCUCAUCCAUAUCACUUGAUGUACCCCUCAUCAGCCCAUAUUCGCGCAUGUAGGCACAUGCUCUAGGUGUUAAGUCAUUGCCCGUUGCAGCGGUCGCCCUGGCUCGGAAUCUUCUGGCAUCCUCAGUAGCCCUCACUAAACGUACUUAUUACGAGCUCCUUGUAAAGACAGUGGCACAUGCGCUGCAUUAUGGAAAAUGUCGCAGGCUCUGUUAUUGUGAAGCAUGGUACUGGUGCACAGCUUGCCUUUGUACUGAAUUGGUCAUGUACGCUGAUGAUCUUGGUUCCUUUCUUUCUACACUGUCGGUUUUACGCCUUCGCCAGUGGAGUUGGCUGGCGGACGUCGGCCGGUCUACGUACGUAACUUUGUGGCUGUGUUUUGGUUUUGCAGGUAUUAUUUCUCACUGUACGUAAUAGCUUGCUCGUCGACCUGUUCCACUUUUCUUUACGUCUGAGGCUCUCCUCCAAUCAAAACCUCGUGGAUAGGGUGGGCAUUGUGUUGAGCGGCGCGCCGUGGGGGGUUGCGCGUGUCAGGCGUGCUGCUGUGAUGCCGGGGGAGUGGCCGCCGCGCGCUCCCCCGGCGCCGACUCAGUGAGCCGGCGGCCGGCUGCUCGCCGCCGCGCCAGGCUGCAUGUAUUUAUGGUCGUGUAGUGUUGGGAUGUACGGUGGCUCUGGUGUCAUUAUUGAAUGUAUCACAGCUUUGGAGUGGACGCCUUUGGUGCGGCGUGGUACUGGGCGGCACGGAGGCUGGCCGCACCGGCACGCGGCUGGUGCUCGCACGCGAGGUGCGCACCGCACCGGCAUCAAAUGGAAGCGUUCGACGACUGCCAGCUAGGCCGGACCAUGUGGGGCUAGCGUGGCGCAGUUUUUACAACACAAUAAAAGACGAGGCAUG